AGAAGCAGCUCCUUGGCCGGCGGCUGGUGGCGUGGGCGCCAGUCUGCAGCUGCCAGCUCAGCUGGAGGGCAUGUGUGGGCAGCUGGCUUUGGCCCUGCAGCCUGGAAGAGGUGGAAGACCAGACUGCUGUCCACCCUGGAAGGAGGACAUCAGCCCAGUCCCGGCCCCACCAUGUGCUGCCUGGAGCCGUUUCUGAAGAUGUCCCCGGUGUUUCUGCUCCUCCUGGGCCUGGCGCAGGCCUGCAUCCCCCGAGAGGGUCUGAUGAGCAGGCUGUCCCCGGAUGCCGCAGACCCUCCAAGCCACCCCCACAGGCCCCCCAGCCAUGACGGCAGCCUCUGUGCCCCUGAGCCACCUGUGGACGGCAGUGCACCUCACCAACAGCAGCAUGUUCUCAUCCACACGCAAAACGCCUACUGCGGAGCAAAGCUCAAUCUAACGCAGCCAUUGCCAGGCACCCCAGGAGGAACCCCGGUAGAAGAGCAGCAUCCUCUUAGUACCCCGCAGAGGGCUGGGACGAGCCAGGGCCUCAGCUCCGAGUCCGCAGGCACCUCCCCAGCCUCCUCAUUUUACUUUGAGACAGGGCCCAGGUCGCUGAGGCUGCUCUCCAACUUGCGAGCCUCCUCCACCUUACAAGUAGUGGGGUUCCAGGCUGCACCCCAUGCUUGGCUGACAACUCAUUUCUUAACGGCACCUAGAAUCUGCCUUGGCAUGGGAGGGCAUUCCUGCAGACAGGCUGCUGCUGUCAAGCCUGUCCUGGUCACCAGCCUCCCCCAGAAGCUCAGUGUGAAGAGGACCCACUGGAACCUCUUCAGGUGCGCCUACAUGAUGGUGACCUUCCUCUUCGUGUCCUACAACAGAGGAGACUGGUGCUACUGUCACUACUGUAACCCGGAAGUGGACAACAGGAACGACCCCUGCUGUGCUUUCUAGUGCGCGUCCUUCUGCCCAACUCAACCUUCAGGGGCCUCCACCUCCCAGAGAAUCCUCUGUCCCCUGGAUGGCCAGCGUGGAGGGUGGCAGCAGCUCUGUCUGCCUCUUUGAGGCCGCGUUAGAGGAUGGGCCCAGAGUAGCCGAGUGAACCUCUUGGGGGGUCUCCAGACAUUGCCGAUCCCCCCAAUUAAAUGCACACUUGUUGAAUGGC